UAGAAAACUGUAAACAAAUCAUUAAUUCAAGUCAUCAUUUUCUCAUUGAUCAGAUUAAUCGUCAUCAUAUUUAAUGGAAUUUAACUUAAUAGUACUAAUCCUCUGCAUGUUAGUCAUUUUAUGGUUCAUCUUGCACUAUUUUGCAAAGCCAACGGUGCCAAUAAGUGAUAGAAAAAAGAGACAUUUAUGGAAAACUAGUCUUAGUACAUUUGAUAAGGAUGUCUUAUUAUUUUGCAAUAUCUGCGAGCAUUUAACAUCACAAUUUUCCUUUUUUUGUGAAUAUUGUUCAGUCGCAUGUGAUAAAAUUGAAUGUACAAAAAUUGCGGAUCAAUCAAUAAGAUGUAAGCAACAAAGAGAUCGCAAUAAUAAUAAUGCGUCAUCCAAUAAACAUCUUUAUUUGAAAGGCAAUCUAUCGGAUACAGUAUGUAGUAUCUGCAAAUCAGAAAUUGAUGGUGUACAUGAUGUAGGCAUUCAUGGAACUAAAUGUAUUUGGUGUUUUAAGAGCUUCCACGAUUCAUGUGCUAAAAAUGAUUUAAUCUGUGAUUUUGGGCAACUCCAAAAUGUAAUUAUUCCACCAUUCUCAGUAAAGGCAUGUAGAACAAGUAAUGCACCUAAAUUGCAUUUAAAAGAAAUAACUCCAAUACCUGAAUGGAAGAAUUGGGAACCGCUUAUAGUCAUUUAUAAUGAAGCUAGUGGAUCAAAUGAUCAUGAAAUAGCUACACUCUUCCGACGCUUAUUAAAUCCAAUUCAAGUUAUAUCCUUAACCCAUCGCGGACCAACAGAAGCAUUGGAAAUCAUCAAAUUAUGUCCAGUAAAAUGUCGUUUAUUAGUUUGUGGUGGGGAUGGAUCAGUUGCAUGGUGUUUAAAUACAAUAAAGGAGAUGAAUCUUGAUGAUAAAGUAUCGGUAGCAAUUUGUCCACAAGGAACCGGCAAUGACUUAUCAAGGGUCCUUAAUUGGGGAUCAGAAACUUACAGCUGUGAUUUUGAAACACCAUUUACAUUUCUGGAUAAUAUAAUCAGUGCUGAGACAGUUUUACUCGAUCGUUGGCAAAUUGAAAUGAAAUAUGACCAUCGAGUUCCAGUCAUCAGACGUCUGCAUCAUGAUAAAAAGCUUUUCAUGUAUAAUUAUUGCAGCAUUGGCGUAGAUGCUUUAGUCACUCUGAAUUUCCACAAAGCACGCGACAGUGCAUUUUACGUGAUCAAAAGUAAAAUUAUUAACAAGCUUCUGUACUUUAUUUAUGGGACACAACAAGUAAUCACACAAGAUUGUGAUGGACUGCAUGAUCAUGUAGAAGUUGUAAUUGAUGGAAUCAAACAGGAAUUGCCUGAAUUACAGAGCGUUAUUAUGCUUAAUAUAGACAGUUGGGGAGCAGGAUGUAAAUUGAUAGACAUGAUUAAAGAGACUGAUAAAACUUUUGCAGAAGGUCACUCGAUUGACGAUGGACAGAUUGAAGUUUUUGGAGUCUCCUCUUCGUUUCAUAUUGCGCAACUCCAAGUUGGUCUAACGAAACCAUUAAAAUUGGGAAGAGCUAAGGAGGUCCAAAUUAGGCUGAAGAAAAUCCUUCCGAUACAAAUUGAUGGUGAACCCCAUUUUGAAAUACCUUGUCAAAUCACGAUAAGUAAACAUAGUCAAGCACGAAUGCUACGUAGAAAAUGAGAAUGAAUCUCUACAUUCCUUCCAAUAUACUCUUGAAUUCUCGCAUUAACCAAAGCUUUUAAUAAAUUUUAUGUCUGAUUUUUUUGUUUUUUUUUUAUUAUUAUUAAACUUAUACGUGUGUACCUAUUUAAAAUAGUUUGUCCUGAAAAAAUGCAUAAACAUGUUGAUCAAAAAUGAUAC